AAGAAGAGCAUUAAUUAGGGAUGAAAGGCUAUUGGAAAGGUUCCAAAAUCUGGCAAUCAUGGACAAAGAAGCCCCCCUCGUCAGCCCACGCCGCCGCGUCGCCUGCAGCGCCGCCGCCGUCGCUGCCAAGGCCGGAGCAGACUGUAAGAGAAAUAUUAGAGAGAUGGUUGCAUCUGGUGCUUUAGCGAAACAACAAACUGCUGAUAGGUUUCAACAAAUAAAAAAGGAAGUUAAUGAGAUCAUCAGAGCCCCUUUUUCCCAGCCGAAUUAUUGACCAAGCAACAAGAUGGUUCAACUGAUGCUUUUCAGGAAAUCAGUAACGAUGGAGCAAGAUCUUCAAAAGAAAAAUUUGUCAUGAGCACUGUGUUAUAAGACAUAUCUCUAUGAUUUAUAUGUUGAGGGAAUGGUCAAAAGAUAAGGGCCCUCACUGCAGAAAGCUCUAUGUAGAGCUUGCAGAAUUAUGGCCUUAGCCAUGGAUAAUGUUAGACUUAAAAGAUGCCAUUUACAGAGCAAAAGGAAGGAGAAGCGCACUUUACAGGCAGCAUAAGGGGAAUUGACAGCCUCGCAGUGAAGAGAAGUCGAAGAGGCAAGAUUUGGCUUCGACAACAGGAGCAGAGAAGCUAAAUCCAGCUGCUCAAGUUCUAACUGGACGAAAGAAAGCCAGCAUGGUUUGAUAGACGCUGAACAUACAAGCAAAAAAUCCUGAUCAGAAAAUGACUGCAGUGGACGAUGAUCCAGUCAAUGGAAGAUGGCGUGCAAAUAAUUGUUGGCGAAGUUCAUGAUUGGUCUGGUAUAGGUAUAUCAAGGAGAGAAGACGGCGAAGCUCGCUGUUACAAUGCACGUCAAAGUGAUCUGGCGUCAUCUCACUCCCAUGUGGAUUGUGUGUGAGCAUGCGAUGGAUACCUCAUCACGCAAUUGAUAGAAGCGUCUGUCAGGGCGCUUGUCAUGGGACCUCGUGCUCAGACAAGACUACUGAUGGAUUUGGCCCUCUCUUCUCUGUUUCCAUUGGAAUCGGGAGCGAGGCGCCGCCUUCAUGGCUGCGGCGUCCUUCGGAGCCUGAGAUAGCGAUCGUGGCGAUGGAAAGGGGCCGCCUUUGGAUGGAGAAUUGCGGCUCCCGUCUUUUCCUGUCGCUGCCGGACGACGUGCUUGCGCUCAUCUCGGACCAUCUCCAUCCGGCCGAUCUCUGCGCGCUGAGCCUUUGCUGCCGCGGUCUCCGACCGGCGAUCGCCGCCUCCGAGAAGGUCUGGCUUGCGCAGUGCCGCCGUCUCAGCCCGCCGCCGCAUGCGCUCCCCCUCUGGCGCGAGGGCGUGCGGUCUUACCGCGCCCUCUGCCGCUUCCUCGCCGCCGUCGCGCCGCUACUCGGCGUUUGGGUCCACCAGAACCCCGAGCUCGGCAACGUGGUGUGCGUCCUCUGGGGCUUCCUCUCCGUCGUCGGCGUUCGCGUCAUACCUCAGGAGCUCGGGCCGCUGGGUCUCGACGAGGGGCCUCUGCUUUGGGCGCCGGUGUUUGAGAUCCUCGCCGACGACGAUGGAUCUCCCUCCUGUUUCUUUCUCCAUGGCCGUGGCGAGAACGGAGAGGAAUCCCUCUUCCCCGGCUCCAUCGGAUCCAUCGACUCCUCCUGCAACAUCCUCCUCCUCGAGGUCGAGGCCCGCCGCAAAGAGACAGGCUUUCAUCAAUCCUGGAUCUUCUCAUCCAUCGCCGACAGCAAAGAUCCCACCUUUGUGAGACGACUUCGCCGGUGUGACACCAACACGGUCUCUGCUCCCGCUGCAGCACUACUGCCUCCUCCGCUCAUCCCAUUCGCGCGACUUCCAUUCAGCGAUCGUCGCGGGCUUCUAGACCGAGUGGCUGGCAGAGUCGCCCUCGAUGUCCCGCCGGAUCUGACCGCCGCUCCUCUAUUCGAUCGUUGUGACAACGCAGAGCAGUUGGCCCAUCGCCGGUCUGUGAUCGUCAAGAUGCACAAGCAGCUGAACGGAGGGCGAAUCGAUUGGAAAGACUACCAAUUGGAGGAACGCUCGGCGCAGCACAAAAGCGCUGCGAAUGGAGAUGAGCUCCACCACCACUACAAACGAAACGCCCUAUUCUCCGUGGCAGCGUACUUUAGAGACGGAUUCAAACAAUUCAUCGCCAGGUCGAAUCCCCGUGAUUUGACAUCCCACAAGAAGCACCCUCCGCUGCACCAGUUCUUGAUGCCCGGCGACAGCCUCGGUCUGAGCUUGCGAGCAGCGCACAUGAGGUUGACCACGUACAGAGCGUGGCCCGACAUGCACGACAACUGGUUCGCUCUCUACAAACUCCGUAUGCCGAUCCCAACCGCCGGUCACGAGCUCGCGGGGCUAUGGGGUGGCACCUUCGGCUGGCCUCCGGCGCGGCCGUCGCAGGACAAGCCGGGGAAGGCUCUAUUCUUCCUUCGUCUCACCUACGAGGAAGAAGAGGGGCGGCCUCUUUUGGUCGCCACCAAGCUACUGGAAGGCACCCACUACGUCCUUCACCCCAAUGGCUCCGCAAUGUUCGUGGCGAAGGUCGACGAGGCAUCGUCGGAUGCAUUCCCGUGGGACAACGACGGUGAGAUGGAAGUGAAGCAGAGUUACACCGGGGAGGGAAUCGCCGGCGGGUACGGAUUCCGGUACCCUGGAUGCAAGCCCGGCGCCUUAUUCGUGCUCCAGAACGGGCUGCUCGCGUUCGUGUGGAAGGAGUCGAAGUCGGUACUGAUGCUGCAGAGGAUCGACCUGCCGGAGCUGCUCAAGAAAGGAGAAAGAGUGGCGACGCUGCCUCCGGUCGCCAACUUCUGCUACCUCACCAAGUCCUACUCCAAUGUCUUUGUUGGCGUUCACAAUAGCAGCAGUUCAAAUGGUUCAUGUAUACACCACGCUAUCUAAUCUCUGAAUCAGACUCUGUGCAUUUUCUACUUGAA